CCACGCCAUAUCGCUCUCAGCCGACAAGACAUCUCGAAUUCGUUGGGUCACCACAUGGCGGACAAGUUCGGCUUGCUUGGGUUACCGCUCGCUGUGUUCCUUCUCAUACUCGACCUGGUAUGUGAUGCACUACUCCCUGAGCCUCUUUCUACGCUAACGUUGUAGCAGUUCGAGGAGGAGGACCUCCAUACUUCCGUUUGGUCUCCCGAGCAUGCAGAUACCUCUGCUAGCCCGUUGCUUUCCGGAACAUAGUUCUGCACGACCAAACUCGCUCAGCAGACGAAGUCUAUGAGAUCAUCUGCAGCAGGCUGUGCGACCCAGAAGAUGCGGUCGCGCAGCAUGUGCGGCAUCUCCGGGUCGGACCUUUUGAGCAAGAGAUAUGUUGUCUCUCCGCACAAGUGUUUGUCAAGUUGGAACAUGCGCUCCGCAAUCCCGGAAGCCGUAUUGACAGCCUUGUCUGUGAAGUGGCCAACUGCGCGGUUGCAUGUUACAACUCCCUUCCAGGCCCCAGGAUGGAAUGCAGGGGAGGUCCGUAGCCUUGUUGAGCAGUGCGCUCGUGUAGAGCGUUUGGCUCUAAAGAUUGAGACGGAGGAGGAGGAGAAUAAGGCGGGCUAUGAGAGUUAUCGGAUUCCUAAAUACUGGCCGGACCUCACCAUCGACCACAUCCUCCAACUCCGCCGUCUCCGCACACUCGAACUCGAACUUGAAUUCGGCAUCCAGAAUCGCGAGUUCAUUCACGUCCGCUUGCCCAACGGGUACCUCAUCGAAGAAGCUGGGGAGUGCCGCGCAACAGCACUUUACCGACAGUUUCUAGACAAGAACACCAGACUCGAGAUGCUGACAAUGCGCUUCAUACUUACGCGGCCGCGCAAUUUCGUGACAACGCCAGGGCCUGGCUAUGAAAAGGAUUUUGUGGUUGAGAGGAGGAUUGUGGGAACGGAGGAUCCCCCUGAGGAAUUUUUUUGAUCCGUUCAUCUGAUGUCCGCAAACAGCCCUUGCACGUCUUGAUUUGGCAAAUAGCUAUGUCAUUUCUCAAGGACCAGUGACAAGAGGAACUAGGACACUGAGGGCUUGUCUUGAGUACCGGAGCGGUGGUAAUUUGUGC